UAGCAUCCGGAGAAGCCAGUCGGAGGCCGAAAAAGUCCGAGAGCGCUGGCGGUAGGAGUGCCAGGCGGGGCUGCUUUAGCUCCGGCCCAAUGGGGAUGGGGCGAGGGAGGGGCAGUAGGUGACAGCACCCGGAGUUAGGGGGAGUCCGGCGAACUAAAGUGCGGGGAUCAAUGAGUGGCGAGCAAAGUUUCUGUGUCUUGCUCUAGCUCGCGGUCUUCCCUCCCCCUCUGUUUGUGUUUCGGCGACGCGCUGUGUGUGUGUGUGUGUGUGCGUGUGUGUGUCUGCGCGCGCGCGUGCGGCGGGGAAGGGGCGGGGAGAGUGUGGGGGACCAGCCGGAGGUUGAGAGGGGCUCAAGGAGCUCCAGCUCCACAGCGGUACUAGCUUCAGCCGGGGCAGGCAAGAGGGAGAGCGCUGACAGCCGCCGUCCGAAGCUGCUGCGGGCGCUGCCACAGCCCAGAGCGGAUUUCCCCGCCUACACAGCCACGGGUGAAGGAGAAAGGGGGACCAACCACCACCCCCGCCCCAAACAAAAAGCCUUGUGGAUUACAAAGUGAAACUGACACAGGACAAUAAAGGGAAAGGGCACGAGGUCAGGGGCGAGGCGCACUAGAGAGGGCUUCUGACUGGGGCCGCCGGAGAAGGAUCCCCCUGGCAUGGUUAGGGGAGGGGACUCGGGGACAGAGCGCUGCUCCUGUCCGACCCUGGCGAGGCCGAGAAGAAAGAGGGACCUGCGCUCGAUUUGGAUGUACAAAUAAUGGGUCGGCAGGCGUCCUGGCAGAGGUAAAAAAAAUUAAAAAUGCCGAAUAGCGCUGGAUUUUGCCUGCGCCUGACUACGGGCUCGAAGCCGCAGCAGGGGCGGCGGCGCCGGCUGGAGGAGAAGGGACAGAGCUGAGCGCUCCGGGAUACCGGAGCCCCAGCGCCGCUGUGAGCGCUUGGAAGGCAGUUUUCUAGCUGCCCGCGCUCAGACCCCGAAGCCUGGGCCUCAGCGGCCACUUCUGCAGCCCUGUUGGAGGGGCGUUGCAGCCUUGUUCUUGAGGAGAGGGGAUUCGAGGAAAUCCCUCGUCUCCAGAUUUUGGGAAAGGAAUUCGAGAAUCUCCCGGCUCCUCAUCGACCCCUCCCCCGUGAGCAAUUGUUCUUUCCACACACCGCUACGGACGUUUGUCCUUCCCUCUUCAGUUUCUUCGCUGUGGUAAGUUCUAAAGUUUCUGAGGACAAUUGUUUGCAACUUCAUUCCUCAUUAACCUCAAUCUCUCCCAACUCACAUCCACCUGGGCGAAAACGCUGACUCUCCCGGAUUCGAAAACAAAGUGAAGGGGGAAAAUAGAGAAGGUUUGAGAAACUUUUCUGGGAACUCAUCAACGCACAGGAGUGUCCGAGGAAUGCCUGCCGCUUUCCCCCAAGGCAUCUCUCUCGCACUAAGCAUCCAAAUGGCUACCUUGAUCCUUUUGCUGAUGCGACUUGCUUCUGUUGGGCAGGAGAUUCUUUGAAAUAGCAGAGCUCUCCAAGCCAUCGGCUGCAUGUUUGCUGGGGCUACUUAAUCCCCGUCAUCGUCAUCACUUUUUUGCCUCACCUCUUCCUUCUCUAUAUCACACUGUUCCAGGGAGCCAGGAACAUGGACUUGGCAGCAGACAGGGCUCCUGGCCGCCCGUGGCUCCCGCUGCCCACUUUAUCAUUAUUUCAGCUCCUUCGCGUCUUUUGGCUGCUGUCACUGCUCCCAGGGUCGGCCCGGGUCAGCGGGGCGGAGCAGCGCCAGGUGUUUCAGGUGCUGGAGGAGCAACCUCCUGGCACGCUGGUGGGUACCAUCCAGACGCGCCCUGGCUUCACCUACCGGCUCAGCGAAAGCCACGCCCUGUUUGCCAUAAACAGUAGCACCGGGGCCCUGUACACCACUGCCACCAUCGACCGCGAGAGCCUACCCAGCGACGUGAUCAACCUAGUGGUUCUUUCCAGCUCGCCCACCUACCCCACCGAAGUGCGAGUCUUGGUACGGGACCUCAAUGACAACGCCCCUGUCUUCCCGGACCCCUCGAUUGUGGUCACUUUCAAGGAGGACAGUAGCAGCGGGCGGCAAGUCAUCUUGGAUACCGCCACCGACUCGGACAUUGGCUCCAAUGGUGUGGACCACCGAUCCUACCGCAUUAUCCAGGGCAACGAGGCAGGUCGCUUCCGCCUGGAUAUCACCCUCAACCCAAGUGGCGAGGGUGCGUUCCUGCAUCUCGUGUCCAAGGGCGGGCUGGACCGUGAGGUCACGCCACAGUACCAGCUUUUGGUGGAAGUGGAGGACAAGGGCGAACCGAAGCGGCGGGGCUACCUUCAGGUAAACGUGACUGUUCAGGAUAUAAAUGACAACCCCCCGGUUUUUGGCAGUUCCCACUACCAGGCGGGGGUGCCUGAGGACGCGACGGUCGGCUCCAGCGUCCUCCAGGUGGCGGCGGCGGACGCCGACGAGGGCACCAACGCGGAUAUCCGCUAUCGGCUGCAGGACGAAGGGACCCCUUUCCAAAUGGACCCGGAAACGGGGCUUAUCACGGUACGGGAGCCCCUGGACUACGAGGCCCGGCGCCAGUACUCGCUUACCGUGCAGGCUAUGGAUCGAGGCGUGCCUUCUCUCACCGGGCGCGCUGAGGCGCUGAUUCAGCUGCUGGACGUUAACGACAAUGACCCUGUGGUAAAAUUCCGCUACUUCCCUGCCACCUCACGCUACGCCUCGGUAGAUGAGAACGCUCAGGUGGGCACUGUGGUGGCUCUGCUCACCGUGACGGACGCCGACUCCCCAGCAGCCAACGGGAACAUCUCUGUGCAGAUUCUUGGGGGCAAUGAGCAGCGCCACUUUGAGGUGCAGAGCAGCAAAGUGCCAAACCUGAGCCUCAUCAAAGUAGCCAGCGCCCUGGACCGGGAGCGCAUCCCUUCUUACAACCUAACAGUUUCCGUCUCUGAUAACCACGGGGCGCCCCCUGGCGCAGCGGUCCAGGCGCGCUCUUCUGUGGCAAGCUUGGUAAUUUUCGUCAAUGACAUCAAUGACCACCCUCCGGUCUUUGCACAGCAAGUGUACAGAGUGAACCUGAGCGAGGAGGCGCCCCCGGGAAGCUAUGUGAGUGGAGUGUCUGCCACUGACGGUGACUCUGGUCUCAAUGCUAAUCUGCGUUACAGCAUCGUCUCUGGUAAUGGACUAGGUUGGUUCCACAUCAGUGAACAUAGCGGCCUAGUGACCACUGGGCUUGCUGGGGGCUUGGACCGUGAACUCGCUUCCCAGAUUGUACUGAAUAUCAGUGCUCGGGACCAAGGGGUUCACCCCAAGGUUUCCUAUGCCCAGCUUGUGGUAACGCUCCUGGAUGUGAAUGAUGAAAAGCCAGUAUUUAGCCAUCCAGAAGGAUAUGAUGUGUCUGUGGUUGAGAAUGCCCCUACAGGGACAGAACUACUGGUCCUUGGGGCAACUGAUGGGGACCUGGGUGACAAUGGGACAGUGCGUUUUUCACUACAAGAGGCUGAGACUGACCAGAGGUCCUUCCGCCUGGAUCCUGUGUCUGGGAGGUUGAGUACUAUCUCCUCCUUGGACAGAGAGGAACAAGCUUUUUACUCCCUAUUGGUUCUGGCCACAGAUCUGGGCUCCCCUCCUCAGUCAUCAGUGGCUCGCAUAAAUGUGAGUCUCCUGGAUAUUAAUGACAACAGCCCUGUGUUCUACCCAGUCCAGUACUUUGCUCAUAUUCAGGAGAAUGAGCCUGGAGGCAGCUACAUCACCACAGUGUCUGCCACUGACCCAGACUUGGGUCUCAAUGGAACUGUCAAAUAUAGUAUAUCUGCUGGGGACAGAUCCCGGUUUCAGGUCAAUGCUCAAAGUGGGGUUAUUUCUACAAGAAUGGCCCUAGACAGAGAAGAAAAAACUGCUUAUCAGUUGCAAAUAGUGGCUACUGAUGGUGGCAAUUUACAGUCUCCCAACCAGGCAAUAGUAACCAUCACUGUAUUGGACACUCAAGACAACCCACCUGUGUUCAGUCAGGCUGCAUACAGCUUUGUGGUCUUUGAGAAUGUCGCUCUGGGAUAUCAUGUGGGUAGUGUGUCUGCAUCCACCAUGGACCUCAAUUCCAACAUCAGUUAUCUCAUUACUACUGGGGAUCAGAAAGGUAUGUUUGCUAUCAACCAGGUCACUGGGCAGCUUACCACAGCAAGUGUGAUUGACAGAGAAGAGCAAUCCUUUUAUCAGCUGAAGGUAGUGGCCAGUGGGGGGACAGUGACUGGAGACACUAUGGUUAACAUAACAGUUAAGGAUUUAAAUGACAACUCUCCCCAUUUCCUUCAGGCGGUAGAGAGAGUGAAUGUGGUGGAGAACUGGCAGGCAGGUCACAGCAUUUUCCAGGCCAAAGCUGUGGACCCUGAUGAAGGUGUCAAUGGCAUGGUACUCUAUAGCCUGAAGCAAAACCCCAAGAACCUCUUUACUAUCAAUGAAAGGAAUGGUAAUAUUAGUCUGCUAGGACCCCUGGAUGUUCAUGCUGGUUCCUACCAGAUAGAGAUCUUGGCAUCUGAUAUGGGUGUUCCCCAGCUCUCCUCUAGUUUCAUCUUAACAGUUUAUGUCCAUGAUGUAAAUGACAACCCACCAGUGUUUGACCAGCUUUCAUAUGAGGUCACCCUUUCUGAGUCAGAACCUGUGAAUUCUCGAUUCUUUAAAGUGCAAGCUUUUGAUAAGGAUUCAGGAGCAAAUGGUGAAAUUGCAUACAGCAUUGCUGAAGGAAAUACAGGGGAUGCUUUUGGCAUAUUCCCAGAUGGUCAAUUGUAUAUAAAAAGUGAACUGGACCGUGAACUUCAAGACAGAUAUGUUUUAUUGGUUGUUGCUUCUGACAGAGCAGUGGAACCCCUUAGUGCCACUGUGAAUGUUACUGUAAUUUUAGAAGAUGUAAAUGAUAACAGACCUCUUUUUAACAGUACCAAUUACACGUUCUACUUUGAAGAAGAACAGAGGGCUGGUUCGUUUGUGGGCAAAGUAAGUGCUAUAGAUAAAGACUUUGGGCCAAAUGGAGAAGUGAGGUAUUCUUUUGAAAUGGUGCAGCCAGAUUUUGAGUUGCAUGCAAUUAGUGGGGAAAUUACAAAUACCCAUCAAUUUGACAGGGAGUCUCUUAUGAGGCGGAGAGGGGCUGCGGUAUUUAGCUUUACAGUCAUUGCAACAGAUCAGGGGCUUCCUCAGCCACUCAAGGAUCAGGCCACGGUACAUGUUUACAUGAAGGAUAUAAAUGAUAAUGCUCCCAAGUUUUUAAAAGACUUUUACCAAGCUACAAUAUCAGAGUCAGCAGCCAACCUGACACAAGUUUUAAGAGUAUCUGCCUCAGAUGUUGAUGAAGGUAAUAAUGGACUCAUUCAUUAUUCUGUAAUAAAAGGAAACGAAGAGAGACAGUUUGCUAUAGACAGUACCUCUGGUCAGGUGACACUGAUUGGCAAAUUAGACUACGAAGCAACACCUGCCUAUUCCCUUGUCAUUCAAGCUGUGGAUUCUGGGGCGGUCUCCCUCAAUUCAACCUGUACCUUGAAUAUUGAUAUUUUAGAUGAGAAUGACAAUACUCCUUCUUUCCCUAAGUCAACAUUAUUUGUUGAUGUUUUGGAAAACAUGAGAAUUGGUGAACUUGUGUCCUCUAUUACUGCAACCGAUUCAGAUUCAGGUGACAAUGCCGACUUACAUUACAGUAUUACUGGGACUAACAACCAUGGAACUUUCAGCAUUAGCCCAAACACUGGGAGUAUUUUUCUUGCCAAAAAAUUGGACUUUGAAACACAGUCUUUGUACAAAUUAAAUAUAACAGCAAAAGACCGAGGAAGGCCUCCUCGUUCAUCUACAAUGUCAGUGGUUAUACAUGUGAGAGACUUUAAUGAUAAUCCCCCCAGCUUUCCUCCUGGAGAUAUUUUCAAGUCUAUUGUUGAGAAUGUUCCCAUUGGAACGUCUGUCAUUUCAGUGACUGCGCAUGACCCCGAUGCAGACAUUAAUGGACAGCUCUCCUAUAUCAUUCAACAGAUGCCAAGGGGCAACCACUUUGGCAUAGAUGAAGUCAAAGGCACUAUAUAUACUACUGCUGAAAUAGAUCGGGAAUUUGCUAAUCUCUUUGAAUUAACCGUAAAAGCCAAUGAUCAAGCUGUGCCUAUAGAAACUAGACGGUAUGCUUUGAAAAACGUGACCAUUUUGGUUACAGACCUCAAUGACAAUGUUCCAAUGUUUAUAUCACAAAAUGCCCUUGCUGCAGACCCUUCAGCUGUGAUUGGUUCUGUUCUGACAACAAUUAUGGCUGCUGAUCCAGAUGAAGGGGCGAAUGGAGAGGUGGAGUACGAGAUCGUCAAUGGGGACACAGACACCUUCAUUGUGGAUCGUUACAGUGGAGACUUGAGAGUGGCUUCGGCGCUGGUGCCUUCUCAGCUGAUCUAUAAUCUCAUAGUUUCAGCUACAGACCUUGGCCCUGAAAGGAGGAAGUCAACCACUGAAUUGACUGUCAUUCUUCAGGGCCUUGAUGGGCCUGUUUUUACGCAACCCAAAUACAUAACUAUUUUGAAGGAGGGAGAACCCAUUGGCACCAAUGUAAUAUCAAUAGAAGCAGCAAGUCCCAGAGGAUCUGAGGCCCCGGUGGAGUAUUAUAUUGUUUCAGUCCGUUGUGAAGAGAAAACUGUUGGACGUCUCUUUACUAUUGGACGACAAACUGGCAUAAUUCAGACUGCAGCCAUUCUGGACCGGGAGCAAGGAGCAUGUCUUUACCUGGUGGAUGUUUAUGCCAUAGAAAAAUCAACUGCUUUUCCCAGAACACAGAGAGCAGAGGUAGAAAUAACACUUCAGGAUAUCAAUGACAAUCCACCAGUGUUCCCAACGGACAUGUUGGAUCUUACAGUGGAGGAGAACAUUGGUGAUGGCUCUAAGAUUAUGCAGCUGACGGCCAUGGAUGCUGAUGAGGGUGUGAAUGCUCUUGUCACAUACACGAUCAUUAGUGGAGCUGAUGACAGUUUUCGCAUUGACCCUGAAUCUGGAGAUCUGAUAGCUACCAAGAGGUUGGAUAGAGAACGCCGUUCCAAAUAUUCCUUGCUGGUUCGUGCAGAUGAUGGUCUUCAGUCCUCAGAUAUGAGAAUAAAUAUCACUGUCAGUGAUGUGAAUGACCACAUGCCCAAGUUCUCCAGGCCUGUGUUCUUUGACAUCCCAGAAGACACCACUCCAGGUUCUUUGGUGGCAGCUAUUUUAGCUACAGAUGAUGACUCCGGUGUGAAUGGAGAAAUUACAUAUAUUGUGAAUGAAGAUGAUGAAGAUGGCAUAUUUUUCCUGAAUCCAGUUACUGGGGUCUUUAAUUUGACUCGAAUACUAGAUUAUGAAGCACAGCAAUAUUAUAUCCUCACUGUUCGAGCCGAAGAUGGUGGGGGACAAUUUACUACUGUCAGGGUUUAUUUCAAUAUACUAGAUGUAAAUGAUAACCCUCCUAUUUUCAGCUUGAAUUCAUAUAGCACAUCUUUAAUGGAGAAUCUACCUCUAGGAUCUACUGUUCUUGUGUUUAAUGUUACAGAUGCAGAUGAUGGCAUCAACUCCCAACUGGCUUAUAGCAUCGCUUCUGGUGACAGCCUUGGGCAGUUUACUGUGGACAAGAAGGGUGUGCUGAAAGUCCUAAAAGCUUUGGACCGGGAAAGUCAGUCCUUCUACAAUCUGGUUGUUCAGGUGCAUGACCUGCCACAGCUUCCAGCCUCCAGAUUCACCAGCACGGCUCAAGUCUCCAUUAUUUUGUUGGAUGUGAAUGAUAACCCACCAACAUUCCUUUCCCCUAAAUUGACAUACAUUCCAGAAAACACACCUAUUGAUACCAUUGUUUUCAAAGCACAAGCAACCGACCCAGACAGCGGCCCAAACAGCUAUAUUGAGUACACUCUACUGAACCCUUCAGGAAACAAAUUCAGUAUUGGGACCAUUGAUGGGGAAGUGAGACUCACUGGAGAACUGGACAGAGAAGAGGUUUCUAAUUAUACUCUAACAGUGGUGGCUACAGACAAAGGUCAACCAUCUCUCUCUUCAUCCACAGAGGUUAUAGUUAUGGUACUUGACAUCAAUGAUAACAACCCUGUUUUUGCACAGGCCGUGUAUAAAGUGGAGAUUAAUGAAAACACACUUACUGGAACAGAUAUAGUACAAGUAUCCGCAGCAGAUGGAGAUGAAGGUACAAAUGGACAGGUUCGCUAUGGCAUUGUUGAUGGCAAUGCCAAUCAGGAAUUUCGGAUUGACUCUGUCACAGGUACCAUCACAGUGGCUAAGCGUUUGGACAGAGAGAAGACCCCUACUUACCUUCUAACUGUUCAGGCAACAGAUCGGGGCAGCACCCCCAGGACUGAUACCUCCACGGUCAGCAUUGUUCUACUAGACAUUAAUGAUUUUGUUCCCAUAUUUGAGCUAUCUCCAUACUCCGUACAUGUCCCUGAAAAUUUAGGGACACUACCCAGAACAAUUCUUCAGGUGGUGGCAAGAGAUGAUGAUCAAGGUUCUAACAGCAAACUCUCAUAUGUGCUAUCUGGUGCUAAUGAAGACAGUGCGUUUACUCUCUCAGCUAGUGGGGAACUUCGAGUAACACAGAGUUUGGAUCGUGAAACCAAGGAGCAUUUUGUCUUGUCAAUCACAGCUACAGAUUCAGGAUCCCCUGCCCUGACUGGAACUGGAACAAUCAAUGUCAUAGUAGAUGACAUCAAUGACAACAUCCCCACUUUUGCCAGUAAAAUGUAUUUCACAACAAUUCCUGAAGAUGCACCAACUGGAACAGAUGUUUUAAUGGUAAAUGCUUCGGAUGCUGAUGCUUCAAUAAAUGCAGUUAUCAGUUAUAGGAUCAUUGGUGGAAAUUCCCAGUUCACCAUCAACCCAUCCACAGGACAGAUCAUCACCAGUGCAUUGCUAGACAGGGAGACAAAAGAGAAUUAUACUUUAGUAGUUGUCGCCAGUGAUGCAGGUUCUCCAGAGCCUCUUUCCAGUUCCACCAGCGUGCUUGUCACUGUGACCGAUGUCAAUGACAACCCACCAAGAUUUCAACAUCACCCAUAUGUCACCCACAUCCCAUCUCCUACGCCUCCAGGUUCCUUUGUCUUUGCGGUUACAGUCACAGAUGCUGAUGUUGGACCCAAUUCUGAACUGCAUUAUUCUCUUUCGGGUAGAAACUCUGAAAAAUUUCACAUUGACCCAUUGAGAGGAGCUAUUAUGGCAGCCGGACCACUGAAUGGAGCUUCAGAAGUGACGUUUUCUGUACACGUGAAAGACAGUGGUUCAUUUCCAAAGACAGAUUCGACAACAGUGACUGUUCGAUUUGUGAACAAAGCAGAUUUCCCUAAAGUCAGAGCCAAAGAACAAACUUUUAUGUUUCCUGAAAACCAGCCAGUAGGCACUCUUGUCACUACCAUAACAGGCUCCUCCUUGAGAGGAGAACCUUUGUCCUAUUAUAUUGCCAGUGGGAAUCUUGGCAACACAUUCCAGAUUGAUCAGUUAACAGGACAGGUGUCCAUUAGUCAGGCUCUGGAUUUUGAAAAGAUACAAAAAUAUGUUGUAUGGAUAGAAGCCAGAGAUGGAGGUUUCCCUCCUUUCUCUGCUUAUGAGAAACUGGAUAUAACCGUAUUAGAUGUCAAUGAUAAUUCCCCAGUUUUUAAGGAAGAUCCGUUUGUAUCUGAAAUAUUGGAAAACCUUUCUCCUCGAAAAAUACUUACUGUUUCUGCAGUGGACAAGGACAGUGGACCCAAUGGACAGUUAGAUUAUGAAAUUGUUAAUGGCAACAGAGAACAUAGUUUCAGUAUCAACCAUGCCACUGGUGAAAUCAGAAGCAUUCGACCUUUAGACAGGGAAAAAACAGCUCAGUAUGUGCUUACCAUAAAGUCCUCAGACAAAGGCUCCCCUUCCCAGAGUGCCUCAGUAAAAGUCAUCAUUAACAUUUUAGAUGAAAAUGAUAAUGCCCCUAGAUUUUCACAAAUAUUCAGUGCCCACGUGCCUGAAAUCCCUUUAGGAUACACAGUUACACGUGUCACAACGUCUGAUGAAGACAUUGGUGUAAAUGCAAUUAGUAGAUAUUCUAUAAUGGACACAAGUCUUCCAUUUAUAAUUAAUCCCAGCACUGGUGAUAUUGUAAUUAGUAGACCUUUAAACAGAGAAGAUACAGACCGUUACAGAAUCCGAGUUUCUGCACACGAUUCUGGGUGGACUGUAAGUACAGAUGUCACCAUAUUUGUGACAGACAUCAAUGACAAUGCUCCAAGAUUCAGCAGACCCUCCUAUUAUUUAGACUGCCCUGAACUUCCUGAAAUCGGCUCCAGAGUGACUCAAGUGUCUGCCACAGAUCCUGAUGAGGGAUCAAAUGGACAAGUGUUUUAUUUUAUAAAAUCUCAAUCAGAAUACUUCAGGAUUAAUGCCACCACAGGAGAGAUUUUCAAUAAACAGGUCUUAAAAUACCAAAAUGUUAGUGGCUUCAGUAACGUGAACAUCAACAGACAUAGUUUUAUAGUGACGUCUUCAGACCGAGGCAAUCCUUCAUUACUUAGUGAGACAACGGUUACCAUCAACACAGUGGACAGUAAUGACAACGCACCACAGUUUCUUCAAACUAAAUAUUUUACUCCAGUCACCAAAAACGUGAAAGUUGGCACAAAGUUAAUCAAAGUUACUGCAGUCGAUGACAAGGAUUUUGGACUGAAUUCUGAGGUGGAGUAUUUCAUUUUGAAUGAAAAUCAUUUGGGAAAAUUUAAGUUAGACAAUAACACAGGGUGGAUUUCAGUAGCAUCUUCCCUGAUAUCUGACUUAAAUCAAAACUUUUUGAUCACUGUCACUGCCAAGGAUAAAGGAAACCCUCCACUUUCAUCCCAAGCAACCGUUCAAAUAAUUGUCACUGAAGAGAACUACCACACCCCGGAAUUCUCUCAAAGCCACAUGAGUGCAACCAUUCCUGAAAGCCAUAGCAUUGGGGCCAUUGUCAGAACUGUUUCUGCAAGAGAUAGAGACACAGCUAUGAAUGGCUUAGUUAGGUACAGUAUUUCCUCAGGAAAUGAAGAAGGCAUCUUUGCCAUCAAUUCCUCCACAGGUAUAUUAACACUAGCCAAAGCUCUUGACUAUGAGCUAUGCCAGAAACAUGAAAUGACUAUCAGUGCUACAGAUGGAGGAUGGGUUGCCAGAACUGGUUACUGCAGUGUCACUGUCAAUGUAAUUGAUGUGAAUGACAAUUCUCCAGUAUUCCUCCCCGAUGAAUAUUUCCCCACUGUUUUAGAAAAUGCCCCGAGUGGGACAACAGUUAUCCACCUAAAUGCAACAGAUGCUGACUCUGGAACUAAUGCUGUGAUCGCAUAUACUGUACAGUCAUCUGACAGUGACCUUUUUGUCAUUGACCCCAACACAGGAGUCAUCACCACGCAAGGCUUCUUGGAUUUUGAAACCAAGCAGAGCUACCACCUUACUGUGAAAGCUUUCAAUGUCCCUGAUGAAGAAAGGUGCAGUUUUGCCACUGUUAAUAUACAAUUGAAAGGGACAAAUGAAUAUGUGCCUCGUUUUGUUUCCAAACUUUACUAUUUUGAAAUCUCAGAAGCAGCUCCUAAAGGUACUAUUGUUGGAGAAGUGUUUGCCAGUGACCGUGAUUUGGGCACUGAUGGGGAGGUACAUUAUUUACUUUUUGGUAACAGUAGAAAGAAGGGUUUCCAGAUCAAUAAGAAGACCGGACAAAUUUAUGUUUCUGGACUUCUUGAUAGAGAAAAAGAAGAAAGGGUAUCUUUGAAGGUAUUGGCCAAGAAUUUUGGCAGCAUUAGGGGUGCAGACAUAGAUGAGGUCACUGUAAAUGUCACGGUGCUUGAUGCCAACGACCCACCUGUUUUUAGUCUAAACAUCUACAGUGUUCAGAUCAGCGAAGGGGUUCCCACGGGAACCCAUGUGACCUUUGUCAGUGCCUUCGACUCAGACUCUGUGCCCAGCUGGAGUAGGUUUUCUUACUUCAUUGGAUCAGGGAAUGAAAAUGGUGCCUUUUCCAUUAAUCCCCAGACAGGACAGAUCACCGUUACUGCAGAAUUAGAUCGAGAAAUACCCAUCUAUAAUCUCACGGUUUUGGCUGUGGAUUCGGGGACCCCCUCAGCCACAGGGAGUGCUUCCUUAUUAGUCACCCUGGAAGAUAUAAAUGAUAAUGGGCCCAUGCUGACCAUCAGUGAAGGAGAAGUUAUGGAAAACAAACGCUCAGGAACUCUGGUGAUGACCCUUCAGUCCACUGAUCCUGAUCUCCCUCCAAAUCAAGGCCCCUUUACCUAUUACUUGCUGAGCACUGGUCCGGCCACCAAUUACUUCAGUCUGAACACAGCUGGAGUUCUAAGCACCACUCGAGAGAUUGACAGAGAGCAGAUUGCAGACUUCUAUCUGUCUGUGGUCACUAGGGACUCUGGUGUUCCUCAGAUGUCUUCCACGGGAACUGUACACAUUACAGUUAUAGACCAAAAUGACAACCCUUCACAGUCUCGGACGGUGGAGAUCUUUGUUAACUAUUAUGGCAACUUGUUUCCUGGUGGGAUUUUAGGCUCCGUGAAGCCACAGGAUCCUGAUGUAUUAGACACCUUCCACUGCUCCCUAACUUCAGGAGUCACAAGCCUCUUCAGUAUUCCAAGGGGCACUUGUGAUUUGAAUUCCCAGCCGAGGUCCACAGAUGGCACGUUUGAUCUGACUGUCCUUAGCAAUGACGGAGUCCAUGGCACCGUUACGAGCAAUAUCCGAGUUUUCUUCUCUGGAUUUUCCAAUGCAACAGUGGACAACAGCAUCCUCCUGCGUCUCAGUGUCCCAACCGUAAAGGACUUCCUGACCAACCACUACCUUCAUUUCUUACGCAUUGCAGGUUCACAGCUCACUGGCCUGGGGACUGCUGUGCAACUGUAUGGUGCCUAUGAGGGGAACAAUAGGACGUUUCUUUUGGCAGCUGUGAAACGCAACCAUAAUCAGUAUGUGAAUCCCAGCGGUGUAGCCACCUUCUUUGAAAGCAUCAAAGAGAUCCUCCUCCGGCAGAGUGGGGUGAAGGUGGAAUCUGUGGACCACGAUUCCUGUGCUCAUGGCCCGUGUCAGAACGGAGGGAGCUGUGUGAGGAGGCUGGCUGUGAGCUCUGAAUUAAAGAGCUAUGAGAGCCUGCCAGUCAUCAUCGUGGCAAACGAACCUUUGCAGCCUUUCUUCUGCAAGUGUCUGCCAGGCUAUGCGGGCAGCUGGUGUGAAAUAGACAUAGACGAGUGCCUCCCAUCCCCCUGCCAUAAUGCUGGGACCUGUCACAAUUUAGUGGGAGGAUUUUCCUGCAGCUGCCCAGAUGGCUUUACUGGCCGGGCCUGUGAGAGAGACAUCAAUGAGUGCCUGCCUAGUCCCUGCAAGAACGGUGCCAUCUGCCAGAACUUUCCAGGAGGCUUCAACUGUGUUUGCAAGACUGGAUACACAGGGAAAAUGUGCGAAUCUUCAGUCAAUUACUGUGAAUGCAACCCCUGCUUUAAUGGUGGUUCCUGCCAGAGUGGUGUAGAGUCAUACUAUUGCCAUUGCCCAUUUGGUGUCUUUGGAAAACACUGUGAGUUGAAUAGUUAUGGAUUUGAGGAGUUAUCAUACAUGGAAUUUCCCAGCUUGGACCCCAAUAACAACUAUAUUUAUGUCAAAUUUGCAACGAUUAAGCAUGCUUUAUUUCUAUACAACUAUGACAACCAGACAGGGGACCGGGCUGAGUUUUUGGCCCUUGAAAUUGCUGAAGAAAGACUAAGAUUCUCUUAUAAUUUAGGCAGUGGUACCUAUAAACUCACCACCAUGAAGAAGGUAUCAGAUGGACAUUUUCAUACUGUGAUUGCCAGGAGAGCAGGAAUGGCAGCUUCCUUAACUGUGGACUCUUGUUCUGAGAACCAAGAACCAGGGUACUGCACGGUCAGUAAUGUGGCAGUUUCAGACGACUGGACUCUUGACGUUCAGCCAAAUCGAGUCACAGUCGGUGGUAUCAGAUCACUAGAACCAAUCCUUCAGAGGAGAGGACACGUGGAAAGCCACGAUUUUGUCGGGUGUAUAAUGGAGUUUGCUGUCAAUGGAAGGCCUCUGGAACCCAGCCAAGCUUUGGCAGCACAAGGCAUCCUCGAUCAAUGCCCUAGACUGGAAGGUGCUUGUACUCGGAGUCCCUGCCAACAUGGUGGCACGUGUACAGAUUACUGGUCGUGGCAGCAGUGUCACUGCAGAGAAGGAUUGACUGGGAAAUACUGUGAAAAAUCUGUUACUCCUGACACUGCCUUAUCUUUAGAAGGCAAAGGGCGCUUGGACUAUCACAUGAGUCAGAAUGAGAAGCGGGAAUAUCUGCUGAGACAGAGCAUACGAGGUUCCAUGUUGGAGCCUUUUGGUGUGAACAGUCUGGAAGUAAAAUUCAGGACAAGAAGCGAGAAUGGCAUUUUAAUCCAUAUCCAAGAAAGCAGCAAUUACACUACUGUGAAGAUUAAGAAUGGCAAAGUGCAUUUUACAUCUGAUGCAGGAAUUGCUGGAAAAGUGGAGAGAAAUAUUCCCGAAGUCUAUGUUGCCGAUGGCCACUGGCACACUUUUCUAAUUGGAAAAAAUGGAACAGCCACAGUAUUGUCCAUCGACAGAAUUUAUAACAGAGAUAUCAUCCACCCUACUCAGGAUUUUGGUGGCCUUGAUGUACUCACUAUAUCUCUUGGAGGAAUUCCACCCAAUCAAGCUCAUCGAGAUACUCAAACAGGGUUUGACGGCUGUAUUGCUUCUAUGCUCUAUGGUGGACAAAGUCUUCCCUUCAGCGGGAAACACAGCUUGGCCUCCAUUUCUAAAACGGAUCCCUCGGUAAAGAUCGGCUGUCGCGGCCCGAACAUUUGUGCCAGCAACCCCUGCUGGGGCGAUCUGCUGUGUCUCAACCAGUGGUACGCCUACAAGUGCGUCCCGCCCGGGGACUGCGCCUCUCACCCCUGCCAGAACGGCGGCAGCUGCGAGCCAGGCCUGCACUCCGGCUUCACCUGCAGCUGCCCGGAGUCACACACAGGGAGGACCUGCGAGACGGUGGUGGCCUGUCUCGGUGUCCUCUGUCCCCCGGGGAGGGUGUGCAAAGCUGGCAGUCCCGGAGAGCACAUCUGCGUUCUGAGUCAGGGCCCCGAGGAGAUCUCCCUGCCCCUGUGGGCUGUGCCUGCCAUCGUGGGCAGCUGUGCCACCGUCCUGGCCCUCCUGGUCCUGAGCCUGAUCCUGUGUAAUCAGUGCCGGGGGAAGAAGGCCCAAAACCCCAAAGAGGAGAAGAAACCGAAGGAGAAGAAGAAAAAGGGAAGUGAAAAUGUUGCGUUUGAUGAUCCUGACAACAUCCCUCCCUACGGGGAGGACAUGACCGUGAGGAAGCAGCCUGAAGGGAACCCGAAGCCAGAUAUCAUCGAAAGGGAGAACCCCUACCUCAUCUACGAUGAGACUGAUCUUCCUCACAACUCAGAAACCAUCCCCAGCGCCCCUUUGGCUUCGCCGGAGCAGGAGAUAGAGCACUACGACAUCGACAAUGCCAGCAGCAUCGCGCCUUCGGACGCGGACAUCAUCCAGCACUACAAGCAGUUCCGCAGCCACACCCCGAAAUUUUCCAUCCAGAGGCACAGUCCCCUGGGCUUUGCAAGGCAGUCCCCCAUGCCCCUGGGGGCCAGCAGUUUGACUUACCAGCCUUCCUACAGUCAAGGUUUGAGAUCCAGCUCCCUAAGCCACUCUGCUUGCCCAACCCCCAACCCUCUGUCCAGGCACAGCCCCGCCCCUUUCUCCAAGUCUUCUACUUUCUACAGGAACAGCCCGGCCAGGGAAUUGCAUCUUCCCAUGAGGGAUGGAAACACUUUGGAAAUGCACGGCGAGGCAUGCCAACCUGGCAUUUUCAACUAUGCUACGAGGCUGGGAAGGAGAAGCAAGAGUCCUCAGGCCAUGGCAUCGCAUGGUUCCAGACCUGGAAGUCGCCUGAAGCAGCCAAUUGGGCAGAUUCCUCUGGAAUCUUCCCCUCCGGUAGGACUCUCAAUUGAAGAGGUGGAGAGGCUAAACACCCCUCGCCCUAGAAACCCGAGUAUCUGCAGUGCAGAUCAUGGGAGGUCUUCUUCAGAAGAGGACUGCAGAAGGCCGCUGUCCAGAACCAGGAACCCAGCGGAUGGCAUUCCGGCUCCAGAAUCUUCUUCUGAUAGUGACUCACACGAGUCUUUCACUUGCUCAGAAAUGGAAUAUGACAGGGAAAAGCCAAUGGUAUACACUUCCAGGAUGCCCAAAUUAUCUCAAGUCAAUGAAUCUGAUGCAGAUGAUGAAGAUAAUUAUGGAGCCAGACUGAAGCCUAGAAGAUACCAUGGCCGCAGGGCUGAGGGGGGACCUGUGGGCACACAGGCAGCAGCACCGGGGGCUGCUGACAACACACUGCCCUUGAAGCUUGGGCAGCAAGCAGGGAACUUCAACUGGGACAACCUUUUGAACUGGGGCCCUGGCUUUGGCCAUUAUGUAGAUGUUUUUAAAGAUUUGGCAUCUCUCCCAGAAAAAGCAGCAGCAAAUGAAGAAGGCAAAGGUGGGACAACUAAGCCAGCCCCCAAAGACGGGGAAGCAGAACAGUAUGUGUGAACUUUAUGUCCUGGCAGUAUAAAAGUAUAAAACCAAGGAACACUCAAACCAUGGUAAGGUUGCCGAUGAGGGUGGGUCACAUUUGCAAAACAGGCCAGUAUGGACUGGUGUUGGAGGGAAACUUAAAAAUAAUAACCACAGUGCUGCUGAAACAGACUCAACACGACUCUAAUUUAAAUAUGCUUGGUUGGAUUUCUUUUUCUGCAUGCUUCGUAUUUUGCAACUAGUUAUGUGGCAUGCAGCAUUUGGAAAGGUUUUUCUUAUGUACCAGUGUUUGAUUUGUGACUUUUAAAAUUAAUACCGUUGCCAUUGCAAAAAUGAACUUGUACUUUCACAGUGGGGUAUGUGUAUUGUUUCCAUUGUAUGAUUAUUAUGUUUUGCAUUGCAAGAUCCUUGAGGUUUAACUCAUCUUUGUAAAAUGUAGAAAGAGCCCUCCUAUUCUUGAAUGAAUGACUAAGUAUUAACACUUUUCAGAAUCAUAGAUUCCAUAUUCGAGGUUGCGCAGAAACAUUUGAAUAUGUUUUUCAUGACAGUGGGUACUAAAAUUAAGUCAUUUUGUUCAGCACUUUAGAACUUUCUUACAAAGUUUUGUUACAAAUUCCAAAUCUUUUUUUGUAAACAUCUAUGGUCUUCUGACUUUGACCAGGCUUCCACAAGGAACAAAAUGAUCGCAUGGUGUCCACAGAACACUGCCGCUCUCCUACUGUGGAAUGAUGUUCUAACCACUUCUCAGAGACACUUUUAAAAGUUAUUUAUUGAAAAAUGUUCUAUGCAUCUAAAAUUUUAAAGAAUCAACCUAAAGAAAACCUAUGAUUGGACUUAGUUUUCAACCAUUUAACACUUACCCCAGGUACCCAGGUUUAAUAAUUUAUAGAAAAAAGUCAAAUGUCAACACUUCUUACUUUCUGUCAUUUUGUAGAUCCUUUUUUAAUACUGUGUAAAAACUUUUUUUUACACUUAAGCUGUGUUUUUGAUACCGAUAUUUUCCUAUGCUGAAUAGUUUUCUUACUUUCAGGGAAAGUAAGAAAGUACCUUUUUUACAUUUGUUACUUAUGUAACAUUCAUAUUUUUCACAUUUUGAUAUUUGUAACAUAAUGUAUGCUUUCUACUUUUAAAUGCCAACAAUAGAAUUAAAAUAUUUAUUUAAAAUACUUUGCAUUCAUAGUGUAAUAUUAAUUUUUCAUUUUCCCAAACUCUUCCCAUGCCUGAUUGGGAAUAGUCUCUACAGUAGCAUAUGGCAAGUUGGACAAUAAAGGGGCAAACUCCUUUUCUUUUAAAAGACAUGACUAUGGAUAAUCGCCAGAACAGAUAUUUUAAGGACACUUUAGUGCAUUCCUACCUGUCAGAGAUCUUGGACUUCCCUAGAGCAUAAUGUCUAGACUAGGUUGGUCUUAGGGGACCAACUUUGUUAUGAACCUGGUUUCAGCAUUCUGGCAAUAAAUAUCUGGAAGGUCCCAAUAGAGUGUGUUCACUAAAGACCAGCUUUGGACUAGGCUUACAGUAAUAGGAAUGGCAAUGAAUUAAAGCUAAUUAUGGAAAAAUGUCUGGGUCUCAUUUUCUCCAAGGACCCAGCCCCAAAUUUUCUAAAUCCAGUGGUGAGUAGACAGAAUGACAGUGAAAGAUUUGCUACACAUACCUGUCUUUAAUUUAUUGAUCACUCUGCUUCACACAGUAUAAACAAAUUUUAUGUGCUAUCUUAGCCAAGACAAAUCCCUAUUUUCAUGUAGUCACCCAGGAGUGAAACAAUUCAGAAGAUUCUGGUCUAGAACAAAUCCAUUGGUAUAUCAGUAGUUACUCCUGAAAUAACAGGACUUCUACAAACACUCUCAGAACAUUUUGUAAAUACCUUUCCCCAUCUAAUAUUUGCUAAGAAUAUUACCCUCUUCCACCACCUGCACCAUCCUGCAUAGAGAUUUUAAAAAUACGCAAACAUCUUUAGUACAUGAAAUAUGGAAAAGAUUUUAGUAAAUAAAAUAUUUCAUUUCAUUUUUAAUUGUUUUUGGCUGUGCCUAGUGCAUGUGGAAGUCCCAGGCCAGGGAUCAAACCCAAGCCACAGCAGUGACAACCUUCGGCAGCAGUGCUAAAUCCUUAACCACUAUGCUCCCAGGGAAUUCUUAAAAUAUUUUAAUGAGAACAGAUUGAGAUAUGUGAAUAAUUAUUUUGAUAUUUAAUAAGAUUGAGAUUAUUAUUUUUGCUUCAAAAAAGAAAAUAAGAUGUGGUUAAAAUCUAAAUUAUAAUAUUCUCAUAACAUGGUUUAGUGACUGAGUGUAAGACCUUAAUCUAUUUUUUGUUUUUUUGUUUGUCUGUUACCUACGAUGAGCCAACAUGUUUUAGUAUUUCCCUAUGAACUUUACUAUUGUGAAUGUAUGCACCAAAUUUGGGAACAUGUUGAUUGCCUUGCAUAACUCAAAACAGAGUGCAUUUUUUUUGAGAAACUGUGAAGCAUCUCAAUGUCCUCAAGGAUAUAAACUCUAUAAUUGAGAACAGAGCUAAAAGUAAAAUGAUAAACAUGAUUAUAGCUAAGGGUUAAAGGGAAAGAAUCUGAUGCCAAGAUUCUGUAUUCUAGUUCUCUAAGAAUUCUUUGUGAGAUAAAGAAUUACAAUUCUCUAGAUUAAUCCAUCCCAGUUUACCCAUAAGGUAAGAUUUGUAUAGGAAAAUUCCUAGUCUACGGUUCUUCUUUGAAAGCUUUCCCACUGAAGCAAGAGCAAUAUUAAUAUUUUUAUAGCAAAACGAAUCAGAAAUGUGCACAAUGAAAUUUUCACUCAAAGUGGAGAUUAAUUCAUACUGAAAUAGUGAAGCGACACAACAUUGCUACAGUGGAAUGGGGGUUGUGGAGACAAAUUAAUAAGAUAACCACCCCCACUAAUUAAUUGUUAGUAGUGACUUGCAGUUUCAUACAUAAAAUUAUGACUUUAGAAUUUUAAUCCAGCCUCUGCACGUGUUUAUUGGGUUGCCUGGAAUACGGUCACUCUUCGGGGCUCUUCCUCAUGUUUGUUGUGGGGAAAAUAUUACUCUCAGGUGCACACAGACAACACCUUCGUGAGCGUGUUGUCAGGAGAUGCAGAGUGUCAUCACUCAGCCCCAAGAUCUGUAGGCUUAGAUCGGUGACAUGGCACAGGACUCUAAGCACUCAGCUCUUGAGGAGCACACUGCUCUUGCUUUCAAAGCUAUUUCCAAAAUUUUCUAAGUUAGCUGAUUUCAUGGAUCACUUGUUCAGAUAAAUUAAAAUGAUUUGAGGAAAAUGGGGCAUCAGAAGGGACCAGAGCACAACUUCUAACUCCCAUGUUGCCAUUAGCAUGUUUAUGCACACCAAGGCUGAUGAGAAUGAUAACUGCUUUGAAUUAUUGAGAGCUAUGUUCUUUAUAAAUAUUCUAGGUAUGAGAAAAAAAUAAAUCACCAUGUGACUUUAUUACUUCCAGACAUCCCAUCUAAGAAAUCACUAUUUUCAUGAAAAUGAAAAAAUUAAUCCGUAAAAGAUAAAAUUAAUCCGUAAAAGAUGAAAAAAUUAUUUUUUAAAUUGUGAAUCAAUUAAUUCAGCAAUGCACUUUUAUUUUCCCACUGUUUUAUGUUACAGACUCGGUUUUCAAAGGACUAACAUUCCAAGAUGACUAAAUUUAUAUUUCCUUAGAAAAAAAUAAGCCCAGAAAGGGAAUGUAUUUUGGCAUACAUUUAUUAGAGCUCUCAGUGUGAAAUAAAAUAUUGAAAUCUAUGAUUAAUCUAGUAUAUAUUCCUUAAAGCUAUUUGGAGUGAAAUGUCACAUCAUUAGUAAUUUAUAUGGUUACUACUACUGAGCCAGCCAGCAGUUUUAAUAGUUUAGCAGUCCAGGAUUUAUAGGCCAAUAUUAUACAUGAAUUUAAUAUUUUCAUUUAUUGCUAAUGAGGCAAAAGGUACCAGGUUCUAAUAAAUUUUGGUGAAGAAAAUUGUGCAUACAGAUAAAUAGCAGUGAUUCAAUGCUAGCAUAACCUAUGCCUCUAUGAUAAUCAUUGUAAACAAAUAUAUUCUACACCAAAGACCAUGUAGUACGGCAUUCUCCCUGAAGAAAGAAAUAAGUUGAGAUAUAAAAAAGUUCAGUGUUCUUUAGUGUUCUCUUAUGGUGCAGUGGGUUAAGGAUCCAUUGUGAAACUGCUGCAGCUCAAGUUGCUGCUGUGGCAUGGGUUUGAUCCCUGGCCCGGGAACUUCCACAUGCCAAGGGCAUGACCAAAAAAAGAAAGAAAAAAGUUCAGUGUGCUAUGUACAUUCAUUUAAUCACAAUCAUCAUGAAGUGUCUUUACAUGUUAGACAUACUUCUAGAUCAUGGGAUAAAAUAGUAAAGAAAAUAGACAAAGAUCUUCCUCUAUGGAACUUACAUUUUAGUAGAGGAGACAGACAAUCAAUCAAUCAAUAGUAGAUACAGUCUUAAUUAUGUAAUAUCUAGUGGAGACAAAUGCCAGUAAGCCAACCACAGCAGAGGAAGGGUUAGAUUUUGAUUGGAAAUGUGCAUCUAACUUAGAUAGGUGGGUCAGAGAGGACUUUUCUGGGGAGGGGACAUUUGAGCAGAGCUCUGAAUGAGGCAGGCAAGCAAGCCCUGGAUACACGUGGGUGAUGUUGUUUCAGGCAGAUAUAGGGGCACGGGGAAUCCCCAAGAAGAACAUUCCAUGUUAGAGGAAUGGCCAGAGAGUCAUUGAGGCCAGAUCAUUGUCAACACAUCAACAAAGAGCGCACCACAAAAACCUUAGGGUUGAAAGGAUGUGAGGAUAAAGAGUAAGAAUAAUUCAGAACAGGCCCAGAAAGAGAAUCAUUGUUGAAGCAAAUCUUCAUUUAAAUAUAUUCUCUUGCAAAAUAAAUGCAUCUCCAAAUGCAAAACAAACCUUGAAAAUGUGGAUGUGCACUCACCCUGCAUAGACAUCUUAGAUGCAGAAGACAGGAGGAGAGAUAUUUUGAAUUCAGAUGAAUGUCUGUUCUAAUGUUGAUUAAUUCAUGCGAUCUUCCAUUACCAAUCCGCACCUGUAGGGAUAUUAAUAGAAAACAUGUUAAGAUAUAUAACAUUAAAGCAGUCUAUUUCCUUCUGCUGAGGCAGGAAUAUACCUGAAGUAUGUUGUAUCUGCUGAUUAGAAGGUUGCAGAAAUUUUAAUUUUAAAAACUGACUUCUGUUUUUACAAUAGAAGUAGAUAAUUUGUAAGGAAAGUUUAUCAAAUGGAAUGAGACAGAUUUAUAUUGGUUGGAAAGAAUGGCAAACAAGAUAUCUCUAAGAUAUGAUGAUAAAUCUGAGCCUAAAUUUAAAGCAACUAAAGCUUGUCCAAAUAUCUUAUAAUGAGUCUUUGUUUGUAAUGUGUGCAGUUAACCUCCAUCUUUCCAUCAUUAAUAAACCUCUUUCAAAGUAUAUUAGAAUUUUAAUAAGGAUCCAAGUUGAGUGUGGUGAACUAGGAUUAAGAAUAUUAAGACAUAUUUUAGGCAUUUACCAGGAAAACUCUUCAAAGUUUUUUUUUUCUGUACAUAUGACAUGUACAGUAUAUACAUGUUGUAUCCAUAAUUAUAUUAGAAUUCACAUAGGCUACUCUGACAAAUGUUUAAUUGACAUCAAAUAGGUAACCUAUAAGGACUCUUUGUAUUUUUUAAAGGAAUGUGCUAAAUGGAUGGACACACUCAUAAAUCUUCAUUGGACAUGUGAUAUAUUCAAGGUAGGAAUGCUGAAAACAUUUGUAAGAGUAUCUCUAUAUCUGAAGUAUAUGAUUAAAAUGAAAAAACCCACAGGAUUUUUAAAAGCACACUGUAUAAAGGCAGAUAAUUUCCAGGUGACCCAUUUGGAUUCUUCCAAUUUUAUUAGCUUAUGAAUCAAUUUGCCAAAGUCCCAAUCAGUUUGCAAAGUACAAAGUGUAGUUAUCAUGGUAUUCUGGCAGAAAGUUGGGAUCUUAAUCUGUGUACCAUUCUAGCCCAAAUAAAAUAACCACCAAUGUACAAAGUUCUUUGGCAAUGUCAAUAAGUUCCCUAUUUCAAAUUAAAACCAUAUUGUGUGUGGUACAAAUGUUGAUCAAAAUAAGAUUCUCUUUUGCCAGAGCAGCCUUCUCUCUUAAGUCAUCCUUCUCUUACUCUAUUUGCAGUCUUAAACCAGAAUUUUGUGAAGAACAGUGUUAUUCAUACUUGACUUUGAUGUCGAAAAGCAAGACAUCUUGGGAACUAUCUCUUUAGAAAGACAGUGUGAUUCGGACAGUAAAUACAGCAUAACCUACUCCUAAAUGUGUUAAUUCUUUUAUGGCCAUGAGUCUGAAGAAAGAGAAACAUAUCGUGUACUAUAUCUGGGGUAAUUUUCAUCAGAAAGUCAAAAGAUGAGAUGGACUCUCUAUGGGAACCAGAUAAAUUUGAAAAAUGGCUUUGGAUACAUAGAAAAUCAAUAGAGGGCUGCUCUCUUUUGUUUUGGAAGAACUGUCGUCAUGAAACUUGAGUUGAUGCUCUCUCCUAUUUAACAGGAAAACCAUUCAUGUCUUUAACAUAUUUCUUCUAACUGAUGCAAAAAGCUUAUGAUAGCACGUGCAGCACACAUUGAUAUGUGGAUCUGGAGAGUGAAUCAAAACCAGAAUUUUUUUUUCCUUUGUUUUAUACAUAGUACUUACAGAGUCGUGUUUCCUGAAAGAGGAUGAUUUGGUCUUUCAGUAUCGUGAGACAGAGAAAAAGUACACUUGCAUCUGAAAUUGUCUUAAGGUACGCUGCUUCAUAUCAAGAGGAGAAUGAGUCCAAGAAAUGUUCAAGAGAUUUUUGAAGUGGCAAAGUCAAUUAUCUAUACUUUAUAGGCAGCUUCCUAUCCAAAUGAAAGCAUAAUUCCUGGCCACUCUGCAUUUAACGGGCACUUCUAAAUAGAUAUUUGUGGGAUAUCAAGUUAAAGGAUAAUAUUCCCUAUAAACGAGUCCAUAAAUGAGUCUUGGUAAUGCAUACAUCUUUUAAAAUUUGCCCAGCAGUGUGUGCCAAGUGCUGGGAAGAAUGUGGUGAGUAAAAAUGACUUUUGCCUUCAAGAGCCUUGUGAUUUUGAGAAGACUCUUCCUUUCCCCAAAUACUUUAAAAUUUACAUCACUCUGUUUUCAGAGAAUUAUUUCUAUAUUUCCAGAGAAAUUUCUAUGUGUGCUCCCCAUGCAUUCUUUGGACAACUGAUAUAACCAAUAACAUAGUAAAGUUUGGUAACCUACUGCAUUUUUUUUAAGUAACAAAAUAAUAGGUUUAGUGAGUUUUAAAGAACACAAGUUCUUAAACUAAUGUUUUUUAGCAGUUCCUUCAUUGUCUAAUUAUGUAAGAUUUAGUUAAAACUCCUGGCAUUGGAGAGGCUUUACCCUGAACUAACUAUUAUUGGCUUUAUCCUAUCCUUUAUUACUUAUUUUUAGGCAGGUUCAUGUGGUUUCAGGAUUAUGCUUUUUCACAGAAUUGGUGUCCUCCAUCCCCAACAAAAAGCAUGUUAUCCAGAUUCAUCAUGUUUUGCUGAGUUUGUGGCAAAUAGGGCUGAAGUAUAAUUUGGGUAAAAUUACUGAAUAAAUUACCUCUGGCAAGUUGUCUAGCUAUCUCAAAAUUCCAUUUGUCUUCCAGUUCCAGUGCUUCUAAUUUUCCAUUUUAAUUUAUCUGGGCCCCAUUCAAAUUGUUAUAAGAUCCAUUUGUGGCUAUAUUCUGUAGAAAGGAAAUAUUCAAAGCUGUGAAUAAAAAAAAAGAAAAACCAAA